ACGGCGCACAAAGUGACUGAAUAUAAUGUAGAUGAAGAUAAAGUGGAUCUCUUUGAUGUCAAUGAAGCUGCUGGGAUUGAUCUUUUUGAGGGAGAUAUUAUAUUAGAUGAGAAGCUGGGGAGAAAUUCAAUCAUUGGAGAUGAAUACAGGUGGCCAAGAACAAUUCCAUAUUAUCUUGAGGAUGAUUUGGAGAUCAAUGCUAAAGGGGUCAUUCUGAAGGCCUUUGAACAGUAUCGCCUGAAAUCAUGCAUCGACUACAAACCGUGGACUGGAGAAGAAAACUAUAUUUCUGUAUUUAAAGGCAAUGGAUGCUUUUCAUCGGUGGGGAACCGGCGAGUUGGCAAACAAAGGCUGUCCAUUGGCAGUGGUUGUGAUCGUAUCGCUACGAUUGAACACGAGUUCCUCCACGCUUUAGGAUUUUGGCAUGAGCAGUCCCGAUCUGACCGUGAUGACUACGUCUCUAUCAUUUGGGAACACAUUUCUGAGGGCAAGGAACAUAACUUUAACAAAUACAAUGACACCACAUCCAGUGCCUUGAACGUGCCCUAUGACUAUGGUUCAAUGAUGCAUUACAGCAAGAAAGCUUUUCAGAACGGUAUCGAGCCCACCAUAGUCACCAAGAUCCCUGCUUUCAGUGAUGUUAUCGGUCAGCGUAUGGAGUUCAGCGACAGCGACAUCCUGAAGCUCAACAGACUCUUCAACUGCACUCGCUCCUCAACGUUCCUGGACUCGUGUGAUUUUGAGUCGGAGAAUAUCUGUGGAAUGAUCCAAAGCCACGAUAAUAAUAAUAAUAAUAAUAACAGGGCGAACUGGCAGCGUGUUUCCAAAGCUUCAGGUGGACCGGACACAGACUACACCAACCUGGGUCGCUGUGAAGAAAGGGGUUAUUUCAUGCACUUUGGCACAGCGGGUGGGAUGCCGGGGGACAAGGCGCUGCUGGAGAGCAGGGUUCUUUAUCCCAGACGAGGAUUUCAGUGCCUGCAGUUUUUCCUCUACAACAGUGGUCGUGACAGCGAUCAGCUCAAGAUCUGGGUGCGAGAGUUCGACAAGGCCAACCCCAAAGGGACGCUGCGUCUCAUCGAAAGGAUUAAUGCUCCUCCCGAUGACCAGUGGCAACUCCACCACGUGAGCCUGAAUGUUUCCAGUAAAUUCCGUGUGGUGUUCGAGGGAACUCAAGGAACUGGGAGCACAGGUGGACUGUCACUGGAUGACAUUAACCUUUCAGAGACCACUUGCCCAGAACAUAUCUGGAGGAUCACAGACUUUAAGAGCGUCCUGGAGAACACGCCACUGGGCACUGCCAUUUACAGCCCACGUUUUAAAACCAAGGACGGCUACACUUUCCAGAUGGGCCUGUACCCCAAGGGUACAACUGGAUACCAGGGGGAACUGGGAGCCUAUGCCCACUUAACGUCGGGGGAUGAAGCGGACGAUGAAAGUCUGAUUUGGCCCGCUCGCUGGAACCAGAUAACCAUGAUGUUAAUGGACCAGAACGCAGACAUCCGCAGACGCAUGUCCAACCAGAGAAGCGUCACAACUGACCCUACCAUGAUUCUGGAAGGGUCCGAAAUGUUUUUCUGGGACAAUCCCCGGAAAGUUGGUCAGAAAGUUACCGAUGGCAGUGGGACCGAGUACUUUCGUGGUCCAGGCGCUGGAACAUCUGUAUACCUGACCCAGGCCAGAGCCCUGACUCGAGACUUCAUCAAAGGAGGAGACGCCAUCUUCCUCCUCACAAUGGAGGAUAUCUCCCAUCUGGUUGUUUCGCAGCCUUGGCCCUCCACAACAACAUCUCCAGCUGACUCAACUCCCACUGAAACACUGAGUCCAACCAACUCCAACAACAGCUCAUCCACCACCACAAGCCCUGGCCCUUAUGACCCGUGUGUGUCUCUACAGUGUGACAAUGAUGGCGUGUGUGUGGCAGACGAUGCCGGAGGCGCUGUGUGCAGGUGUGCUGUGGGUCAGGACUGGUGGUACUACGGUAACAAGUGUCAGUUCAGGAGCUCGUUGAAGAAUAACAUCAUCACCGCUGUAACAGCAUCUGUUAUCGUGUUUGUCAUCAUGCUAACGAUGUCAGUAGUCAGUGUGCUGUGUGUGAAAAAGAAGUCCCAGAGAAAAGUGAUACUUCCCAGAGGGGGAAUCACCCUGGAAAAUUUGCACACAUUUAAGGCCUGAUAUUUUCCUUUAUAGAUAAUGUCUAUGAAGCGACACCUUUGUCAUAAAAAAAUUAAAAAGUUUUGUUUACGGGGCAACAAGCAGUAUGUACAGUAGUGCUGGUUAAACCUCGAGCCUUGAAAAUAGUCAGCAAGAAAUAAUACUUACUAUAUGAAUAGAUACAUUUAAAGGGAUACUCCACCCAUAAAACAAAAUUCUGUCAUCAUUUUUUUCAAGAUUUAUUUUUAUGAUUUCUGGGUCACCUUUGACUACCAUUGUAAGUUUUCCUACUAUCGUGGUCAGUGGUGUCCCAGAAAUGUCAGUUGCUAACUGUAUAUGAAAAUAACUGUUGUUUUUUCAGUUAUGUUUAUAUAUUCUUUUCCCAUGUCUUCUGAAACUAGAGCUUGAAUAAAGUGACUUUUUUUAAAAGAAUUUGUAGCAUCCAAGAAUCAACAGCUUCUUGCGGUUUCUGCAGGAACUCAAUUCAGAUAACCUGGCACUUAUAACUUUU